AUAGAAAUUCCGAGACGGCUUGGAGGAACAAGAGUGGACCUUUACAGUUUUCUUACAGAACAUUGCGAUACUGUCGCUUUCCGAGCUCCGAUUUAUCCUCUCACGAAAUCUUUACAGCGGUCCGAAGAGAGUAUAAAAUCCCGCAAUGUCUAGCAGUCAACGAAAUUAACACUGAUAGACACAGUCCAAGUGAGAGGCUGCGCUGCCGAUGGGGAAUUGUUGCUCCGACGUGAGCGGCGGAAAGGCAGCCGUGGGCGGCAACGGGAGCUCCGGAAACAAUCCGACUGAUGAUGCUAACCUCGCCGUCGAUGCCUUCCUCAAGUCUCGAUGCUACCACGGGCUCUACUCUCAGAUCGAGUUAUCUCUAUCUGCCUCAAAGUUACGCGAUCAGGACGUGCUUUCCAAGAGUGAUCCUAUGGCAGUCCUUUAUUCAAAAGGAAGGGAUGGCAAACUUCAAGAGCUUGGUCGAACAGAAGUGGUUUUGAAUUCAGUUCAUCCUAAAUGGAUUGCAAAAUUUAACAUGACCUAUCAAUUUGAGAUGGUGCAGACUUUGGUGUUCCAUGUGUAUGAUGUUGACACAAAAUUGCAUACCCAUGAUACGAAGACGCUUAGAUUGGAUGAUCAAGAUUUUCUUGGUGAGGCUAGCUGCACAUUGUCAGAGAUUGUCACAAAAUCAAACCGGUGCAUGACAUUAGAUCUUUCACCUAGAGAACAACCAUCUGUUCCAAUGCAUAGCAAAGAGCUUGGCAAGCUCACUGUUUGUGCAGAAGAAAGUGUCACCUCAAAGACUACAAUUGAGUUUGUAUUUCGUUGCUCAGAUUUGGAAUCCAAGGAUUUUUUCUCAAAAAGUGACCCGUUUUUGCUGAUCUCCAAGACCGUUGAAAGUGGAAGUGUUAUUCCCAUUUGCAAAACAGAAGUUUUGAAAAAUGACCAUAAUCCAAUUUGGAAGCCUGUUCACUUGAGCAUUCAACAAGUUGGAAGUAAGGACAGCCCACUGACUAUUGAGUGUUACAACUUUAAUAGCAACGGAAAACAUGACUUAUUAGGAAAGGUUCAGAAAUCACUUGCAGAUUUAGAAAAGUUACAUGCUUCUGGGGCUGGGGUAAAUUUCUUUGUACCAACUGGUAGUGGGCCAAGUCAUCAAACUAAGGUUUUAAAUAGUCAGCUGUUUACUGAAAAGUGCACCGAAAAAGUCCAGUAUACGUUCCUUGAUUACUUGGCUUCAGGUUAUGAGCUUAGCUUUAUGGUGGCUGUUGACUUUACAGCUUCAAAUGGAAAUCCGCGCCUACCAGAUUCAUUGCACUAUAAUGAUCCUUCAGGCCGUCCAAAUGCAUACCAAAGAGCCAUCACAGAAGUAGGAGGAAUAUUGCAAUUUUAUGAUUCAGACAAGCACUUUCCAGCAUGGGGGUUUGGAGCAAGGCCAAUAGAUGGCCCAGUUUCUCACUGCUUUAAUUUGAAUGGAAGCAACAGUUACUGUGAGGUUGAAGGAAUCCAUGGAAUAAUGAUGGCAUAUAUAAGUGCCCUUUUCAAUGUGUCACUUGCUGGGCCCACUUUGUUUGGACCAGUAAUAAAUGCUGGAGCACAAAUAGCAGGCCAAUCUGCGGAAAGAAAAGAGCGCAAAUAUUUUGUGUUGUUAAUUAUCACAGAUGGAGUAAUAACUGAUCUAGAAGAAACAAAGGAUGCAAUUAUUAAUGCAUCAGAUUUGCCAUUGUCGAUUCUAAUAAUUGGGGUUGGAGGAGCUGACUUCAAGGAAAUGGAGAUUUUAGACGCUGAUAAAAAGGAUAGACUCGAGAACUCUCAAGGCAGGGUUGCUUCCCGUGAUAUAGUCCAAUUUGUCCCAUUACGAGAAAUGCAAAAUGGAGAGGUUUCUGUCGCUCAGUCACUUUUAGCAGAACUGCCUUCUCAGUUUUUGGCAUACUGGCAGGCUCAUCCAACUGCAUAAUCAAUUGAUGAAGUGUACAUACAAAAAUAUUGAAAAUGGUUCAGUCUGAUUUCAAUGUUAGUUUGCACGUAGAUUCCGCCAAUAUUUCCUCCCAAUUAAUGCCUCUUUCACUCUUUGUAACUUCAUAGGCUUUUGUGUUUGUGUUCAUUCUUGUCCAAAACUGUUGAUUUCAUUCAUAACCCUUUUAUCUGAUUUAAGCACGAGCCGAGUUCACUCACCUCUCCUGUGGCCAAUCCGUCGUGCAUGAAGAACCAAAACUAUUGUUCAGGAUUAGAAUGUCAUGCCUUUCACUGUCCGUCAUGCAUGAAGAAAUAUCGGUAUAAUUCUCUCUUUCGCUAAACUAUCUUCCCUUUUUCUUUUUCAUCCCAAAAUUAUUGUCUACAUUAAGAAAUGUAAUAUACGAGCUAAAUUAAUUAACCGUAAUUUUCAUUUACAGCUACAAUUUCAAUAAUUCUCAUCUUCAAUUUUAUUAUUAGUUGGUGUUUUCAUAA